AUGGAUACAGUACACCGAGUCAUCGAGUACGUGGAGGAAUUUCCACCUGAAGCAGGCGCUAUCGAGCUAAAGAGCCAACUAAGAUCUUUUACACUCGACGAUUUACGUGCUGCUUGCAGUCGUCUUAAGUUAUCCAUGCGCAACAAACAGAAGAAAAAAAGCGGCUUUAUUUCCGUCCUCGUUUCGUACUGGAAAACUUCGCACAAUUUCGAAUCAAAAGGCGUUAAAACACCGCUAAAAGCUUCUGAAACUUCGGUAAAAACAGGGAUUGAACUGCCGUAUGAUGUAGCGCAAUUUGUGCAGCAUUUUCCACCUCAUGGUUGCAUCAAGGAGCUCCAGAACCAACUCGAUGCCUGUCGCUCAAGGACAUUGCGUUCAGCCUGUGUCCUGAUCGGUCUGCAGCCCAAGAAAAACUUUACCAAAAAAGGAUUUUUACAUCUUUUAGUCGCCUAUUGGCAGGACAGUUUGGUGAUGACGCCAACAGUGUCAUUUUUGGAGGAGACUCCAAAAGAAGAAGAGGUUAAGAAGGUGGUGCAGACGAAGAGAGUGAGAUUUGAAGAAAGCGACCUGAUGAAGACACCUACGAAGAACAAGAAGAUCAAGACACUGAAAGAUAAAGGAGAUGUUUGUGAAAAAAAGGAGGGGGCUUUGGCUACGUCGAUGGAGAAAGCGCAAGUUGUGAAGGAAUGGGCAUCAGCUAUCGAGAUGUUGUCUCGUGUGGAAGGAAGUACAAGGAGCAUCGAGGCUAUUUGUAAGAUCAUUGAGAGAGUGGUGGACAGCGCCAGUAGUGAGUUGUGCGAGAGCUAG